CCCGCUCAUUCCCUCCACAGUACUCAAGCAUAUAUAGCGCCAGCAAACUUGCAAAGUAGUGAUCACACACCACCUCGGCACAUCAUCCAACUCCUAGCUUAAUUAGCUCGGUCGAUCGAUGGCUCUGAACAAACAGGCGGUGGUCGCCUUCGCCGUCGUCGUAGCGGCGUCGGCGGCGCUGCUGGCGUCAGAAGCGCCGCGCGCGUCGGCGGCGAUCACCUGCGGGCAGGUGAGCUCGGCGCUCGCCCCUUGCAUCCCGUACGCGACGGGGAGGGGCAAGCUCAGCCCGGGGUGCUGCAGCGGCGUGCGCAGCCUGAAGAGCGCGGCGAGCACGAGCGCGGACCGGCAGGCGGCGUGCCGGUGCCUCAAGAGCCUGAUGGGCAGCAUCAGCGGGCUCAACAUGGGCACCGUCUCCGGCAUCCCCGGAAUGUGCGGCGUCUCCGUGCCAUUCCCCAUCAGCAUGUCCACCGAUUGCAACAAGGUCAACUAGAUCGAUCAAUCCUACGUACGCACGUGCUACUAUACUAUACGUAAUGGAGCGAGAUUGCUAGAAAAAUAAAAUGAAGUUGUGGCAGCAGCGUCGUCUACCCUAUAUGUAUCUUGUACUCUGUGUCCGUGCGCGUAUACUUGUGUGUGGUAUGUGAGAACUGUUAAUUAGUGCUGUUCAGUGGCCUACAGGUGGUGCUUGCUAUUAAUUCAUACUCAUAUCUAUGGAUGCUCUUCCAUCGAAAACAUUAUAUAUAUCUUCACUUGUUUUCAUAGUA